UUGUUAGGUGUGGUUUGUCAACCUCUUCAUAAAAGUCGGAAGCAGAGUUUUCAGCUCUUUCCAGUUUCCAGUCCAUAUAACACAAGUGUCUCUCCCUUAAUAACCUAAAGGAAUCCUGACUCAUCAUGUCUUUUAUGCAAGCUUUCCUCGCACAAGCCAACUUCACUGAACAAGGAGGACAUCCUCCAUGUACCGCCCAGGAGGCUGGAGGUCAGGUAAAAGCAGAUUCUAAAUUUAAUGCAGCAGCAGAUGCAGUGGAACUAGAAAAAGCCAUCAAAGCAAAAGGUGUUGAUGAGGGAACAAUCAUAUGUAUCUUAACUAAAAGAACAAAUGGAGAGCGUCAGCAAAUCAAAGCUGCCUAUCAACAAGCGACUGGAAAGCCUCUAGAUGAAGCUUUAAAGAAAGCUCUUAAGAGCCAUCUGGAAGAAGUUGUGCUCGGUAUGAUGAAGACCCCAGCUCAAUUUGAUGCUCAUGAGUUGAAGUGGGCAACCAAGGGUCUUGGGACAGAUGAGGAAUGUUUAAUAGAAAUUCUGGUGUCAAGGAAUAAUCGGGAGAUCCGAGAAAUUAACAAAGUUUACAAAGAAGAAUUCAAAAAAGAUCUAGCAAAAGAUGUUGCCUCAGACACCUCUGGAGACUUCCAAAAGGCUCUUCUUGCACUCAUAAAGGGUGAACGCAGUGAAGCAACUGCGGUUAAUGACGAGCAAGCUGACAACGAUGCUAGGGCUUUGUAUGAAGCUGGAGAGAAGAGAAAAGGAACAGAUGUCUCAACAUUCAUUAAUAUUCUAACGUCAAGGAGCUUUCCACAUCUUCGAGAAGUAUUCCGAAGAUAUUCAAGAUACAGCAAGAAUGAUGUAAAUAAAGCUCUUGAUCUGGAGUUGAAAGGAGAUAUCGAAAACUGUCUCAUGUCAAUUUCUAAAUGUGUUGGGAGUAUACCUGCUUAUUUUGCUGAAAAAUUCUACCUGGCAAUGAAGGGAUCUGGAACUCGACACAAGGACUUAAUUAGGCUUCUUGUUUCUCGAUCUGAAAUCGACCUUAAAGAAAUUAAAGCACAUUAUGCUCGUCUCUACGGAAAAUCUCUGCGUCAGGCUAUUUUGGAUGAAAAAGUAAAAGGAGACUAUGAAACCAUUCUGUUGGCAUUGUGUGGACCAGACAACUAAGGCCUAAUUUGUGCAAGCACAGUUAACCAACUUAAUAUUCUAAACUUCAUGUUUAGCCAGUGAAAAUAUUCAAAAUAACAAGUACUUUGUGCAGUGCAUAUACCGUGUAACCACUUUUCUUGUAUGUAUUAAAAGUUUAAAAACUUUUUUGUAUGAUUAAUAAAAAUUAAAAAUGA